UGUUUAUGAGCAGUUUUGGGUUGAUAAACAACUGUUUGAGUUGCGGAACAUUUCCUUGUGUGAACUGAUGUUCCUGUGGUGUUGAAUUAGUCAGUGAAUAAGUUUGCAGGUGGGAGGGUGAGGAGCAGUCUUGUUGAAAGAAGCAGGCAGCUUGAGUUGCGCGAUUUGUUGUCGUUAUUUUCAUAAUUAUUUUGGUGUGGAGGUGCUGUGCUGGAGCUCAGCGUGUGAUUAGGCUGUGUUGCGUUGUGGCCCGCGAUUCCGCGUAUUGAUCAGCGUGAGGAGGUGUUUCUACUUGGCAGUUAGCAUGGGCAGCAUGGGGGAAGUGAUGAGCAACAUGAAGGAGUCGCUGCGCACUGGCGGCGGCCUCUUCGAGCUGACGGAGCGCCGCAACGUGCUGGCCGCGGCCCUCGCGGGCAUCCUGUUCAUGGGCGGGUGGUGGUGCAUGAUGGACGUGAUCGUCAUGUUCCCGCGCGAGGAGCAGUUCCACCACGCCUACCACGUCUGCGGCGUCAUCUCCACACUGGCCUUCAUCAUGAUCAACGCGGUGUCCAACGGGCAGGUGUCGGCCGGCGCUUCUGGCGGCUACAGCGAGGGCUGCCUGGGGCAGCGCGGCGCCCGCGUCUGGCUCUUCCUGGGCUUCAUCCUGGCCUUCUCCGCCCUCAUCGCCUCCGCCUGGAUCCUCUUCCAGGACUACGUCUCCGCCAGCACCGCCUCGCCGCACCACGACAAGGUGUGGCCGGGCGUGGCGCUCUUCCUCCAGAACAUCCUCAUUUUCCUCGGCGCCAUUGUUUUUAAAUUCGGCCGUGUGGAAGAGUCCUUCUGAAUCCUAAAUGUCCUUCCGGUUAGCACUUUGCACGCGGAUGGCAGUGGCAUAUUUGUCGGCAGCCGCGCGAUCGAUAUUAUAUUCUCCUGCGUUUCUGCACUGUGCAGUGGUGCACUGACAAGGCGUCCUUGGAGUGUAAUUUGCGUGUUUGUGUUUGUUUAUCUUAUCAGUGAGGGACAUGUCCGUGUUGUCGCUGUCAGCGGGUUGUUGCGCUCGCGUUUAACCGAUACGCGUCUACAUGAACGAUGAUGUGUCCUUCCUUCCCUUCAUCGGCAAUUGCUUGUUCAUUCGCCCUCGACAAUAAUGCUGAUCUCACCGUCAUUUUUCUCUUUUUAUGCUGCUGUCACUUUCACGCAGUCUUUCUUCGAUUUUUCUUCUUGUAAACAAUAACAUAUUAAUUCUGGCAGUAAAAUCACACGAUUCCUUAUCAACGAUACUCGUAUUCGUUCAAAUUCUCUGAUUUUAACAUUUCGAAUAAAAAUGACAAGUCCUGAGGAA